UUGAAAUUUAUUGAGGGGAACGAUAAAGUGCAGUAACUGUGGCCCCUUUGACUACAGACAACAAAACCCUCAAAUUUUCUCUUUCUUUUAAGCCAUUCUUGAUUUCUUGUAUUAGCAUUUGAUAUAAUAUAUAUCACAACACUUAUUUUAGGCACAUUGUGUUCUCUUUCUUCUUCUUCUUCUUCUUUCUUUAACUUCUUCUGUUCAACCUUUUUUUUCUUGUCAAGAAUCUUUCUUUUCCUAUCUUUUUUUUUUUCCUUUUAGUAGAGAGAGAGAGAGAGAGAGUUAGUUUACCUAAAGAACUAACUGCUACUGUUUGAAGUUGUUGGUUUUAAGAAGAUGAGUGCUUCCAAGUUCAUUAAAUGUGUUACAGUUGGAGAUGGUGCUGUUGGCAAGACUUGUAUGCUCAUUUGUUACACCAGCAACAAGUUCCCUACUGAUUAUAUACCCACAGUAUUUGAUAAUUUCAGUGCUAAUGUGGCUGUGGAUGGGAACAUUGUCAAUCUGGGAUUAUGGGAUACUGCAGGUCAGGAGGAUUAUAGCAGACUGAGGCCAUUGAGUUACAGAGGUGCAGACAUAUUUGUGUUAGCUUUCUCACUAAUUAGUAGGGCAAGUUAUGAAAAUGUUCUUAAGAAGUGGAUGCCUGAACUUCGUCGGUUUGCACCAAAUGUUCCAAUUGUUCUUGUUGGAACUAAAUUAGAUCUCCGCGACGACAGGGGAUAUCUAGCUGAUCAUAUGAAUUUCAACGUUAUAACAUCUGCACAAGGAGAAGAACUAAGGAAACAGAUUGGUGCAGCUGCAUAUAUUGAAUGUAGCUCUAAGACUCAGCAGAAUGUCAAAGCUGUUUUUGAUACUGCAAUCAAGGUUGUUCUUCAACCUCCAAGAAAGAAAGAGAUGGCAAGGAAGAAAAAGCGUCGUAGUUCUGGUCGUGCAAUUGUGAGUAUCAUGUGCGGAGGUUGUGUUUCUUAGGGCACGAUGACAGCAGACAGACAGCUCAAUCAUCUACUUUUGACUACAUGGAUGAGUUGCUUCUCAAAUGACUCUGGGGAUGUUCAUCAAGUGCUGAUUCCUGACAGCCGGUUACAUGUUUAAGAUUUAUAUAUUCUUUUCUGUUUGUAAUUUUGAGCCUCAGUAACCAGGUCUGAAUUAUGAGACAGUACAAACUGAUUAGAAGAAGCAGAGGGAACCGUUCAUUCUCUCUUCUCAUGUAUUGUUAGUAAAGUAAAUUGAGUUCCGGUUUGUGGUAUUCGGUUGCUAAUACUAUGAAUUCCUUAUGGCUA